CCUGAUAGACCUUCCCAUCAAAUCUCUCAUACCUUCUCAACUGCUUCAUACUACCAUAUACCACUUAUCACACAAACUACACACACACGAGAAACCAAAAGCCCUCAAAGAAAGCCAAUCGAGAAGCCUCUCAGGAUUCAGUUCUGAUUUCCCAUUCUUCUGCCCUGGGAGGGCCCCUUUCGAUAAGAAAAAUAGUCGUCAGCUUACCCUGCGACUGCUGAAGUCGCCGUAAACAAACCGCUGCCCGGUCCGCGGCCACUUGUGCUGCGUGAGUCUCGAACAUAUAGAAGGAUCCCAUCCGGACGACAAAUUAACCCACCUUCGACAAGCACCAUUUCGAACUCAUCUCGCUCAUGAUGAUGUCCAACCCUCCUUCAUCUCUUCACAAUCAACAGAGGAUGCAUCGUAGACAACAAUCGACACCGAUUGCAUCCUUAGAAGCCAUGAAGUUGAGCACCACCUUGCCUCCACAACGACAGAUGUACCACCGGCGGGGCCAAUCGUUUGAUCAACAACGAAGCCCUAUCCGAAAACAUCAUCCAGGCAAUGCGGUAAGUAUGACUAACUUAGGACAAUUCCAUGGACAACAGAUUUUGCGAGAAGCGCAGCAGCAAAGAAUAUCAAGACCGGGCCAGCAACAACAGAACAUGAACAUUGAAAUGCCAAUUUCUCCCGCAUGUGGCAUUUACUCGGCGUCCCCCAACUCAAUGCCUGGGUCGCCGUUUGACAAUAUGACAAUGAAUGAAAUCAUGCACCAAGGACCUCAGAGCAUGGAUUACUCACAUUCACAGCAGUACUUCUCUGACAUCAACAUGCCAGUCCAGAGUGGGCUCCCAAAUUUAGGAAUGAUGGACGAGAAUACUCCUCGUUAUUUCCAAGAUAUGGCGAAUCUGAGCCCUCACCUCGGCACUGGCAUGCCUUUUGAUGAUCGAAGACCGUCUCAGCCUGAUCUGCGGGUUCAGACACAGCUGAGACCUCACACGCCUUCACAUCAAAUCCAGACUGCACAAUACCCGUUAACACCUCCUUUCACUCAACAUACUCCAGCGAUGCAAUACUCGAGGUCUCUUCAGACAUCUCCAGCCCUGCAGUCUCCUUUCCCGGUCCCAAUGAUGAGAGGGAGAUCACUGCAAGGCAUCGUAGAGAAUGAGGAAUUUCGACAAGAUUUCACAGUCACACCUACAGGCCCUGCAUUUGACAUGGCUGACAUGCCUGUCCCAGAACCUCGGACGGGAUCCCAGGCCUCACCGCAUCAGAAGCAGCCAGAUCCAGUAAAAGUCAAGCUAGAAUUCAAAGGUGACAUGACCGAUUCAAUCAAGGCUAACAACAAGCCGUCACCUCUGACCCUCAAGGACAAGCCCGCUCCAAUCCUCACUUCUGUGGAAAGUAGACCAGGCAGCCUGUCACCCACUCGGCCCGCGCUUUCACCGCGUAGAAUGUCGAUAUCAGACUUGAACCUCGAACCUGGAAUUGAAGCAUCCAUCGAAGAAACCAAUGUGACUCUCGAUGACAUUGCACAAUACAUUGAUGGCCCCGAUCCAAUUGACAACAAGUGGGUUUGCAAGUUUGAUGACUGCAACAAGAAGUUCGGUCGCAAGGAAAACAUCAAAUCCCAUGUGCAAACUCAUCUCGGGGAUCGGCAGUUUCGGUGUGACCAUUGCAGAAAGUGUUUUGUUCGAGGACAUGACCUGAAGCGCCACGCAAAGAUUCACACAGGCACAAAGCCAUACCCAUGCUUGUGUGGUAAUUCAUUCGCACGACAUGAUGCUCUUACUCGCCAUCGACAACGCGGGAUGUGCAUUGGGGCGUUCGACGGAGUCGUCAAGAAGGUCAUCAAACGAGGGAGGCCGAGGAAACAUCGACCGGAAAUGGAUGAGCGCCUCGACAAAGCCAGCCGCACAAGACAAAAGGCCGCUGAACACGAUUACUACACUUCGUCUGCCUCAAGCUGCUCAGUAUCAAGCUAUGGGUCUCCGCCGACCGACAACCUGGAGAACUUGAGCAUCAGAGGUAGUUCGCCCUUUGACAACUUGCCCUUGUUUGUGGUCGCGCCACAAGGCACCUUGGAUCCCAUGAUGAGCUUUCCGCCUGACAACUUCUCGUUCACACCACCCACUAGCCCGGGGUACUCUACAGGUAACAGACCAAGUCCGUGCUACAGAGAGCUCAGCCCGGCCGACUUUGUUGAUGGGACUGAAUUCCAGCAUGGUGGCUCGUCACAAAUGCUGCCCGAGCUGCCAACAAUUGACGAAGGAGUGCCAAUGAUGCCCAUGGACAGGGUUCCAGUGCAAGACUCGGGCCACAGCCUGCCCAGCCUAUCACAUUCCUGCUCGUCCCCGGCAGCCGACGUGGUGGUAUUUGACUUCUCAGACAUGGCAGUUAAUGAUUCGUCUUCCGUGGUGGACUCGUCUCAGCUGCCGUUGAAGAUGAACACAGAGAGGAACGACUUUGACAAUUUCCUUGACUAUGGUUCCAUGGACAUGGGAAUGGAUGCAUCCAGCCACGACUUCUUUGUCAACCUCUAAUGACCAUUGUCAGCCGCUCGAGGCAUGACGUCGAUCAACUCAUGAUCAACGAAGACUAUGUACCAACCUUGACCAAUGGACGAGUAUUUUGAUGAUGAUGCGAAGGCUGAAACGCCGGCGUUGGACACGAUGACGGAAAUGGCUGGGAUCGGCUUGUUUGUGGGAGGAUGGUUGCUACGGGUUUAUGUAUUGCAACACUCGGGACUGUACAUUUCCAUUCCUUCGAAUGACUUGAGCGUUGGCGCCGGACAAGGUCUUUGUUAUGCCUCGACCAUUCAGGCCAUGAUCGAUGCUUGAAACUUGUGAGGCAGACUCACAAACUCCAAAGAUGGGCUGGCGCUAAAACCACAUUCACUAUUUGAUUUCACGUCGGGGUAGCCAUAUGAAGCGGGACUUCUUUUAAAGUAUGGGAGAUGAAGUUGGAUUUGGAGUCGAUCCGGGCAAGAGGGUGUUCACAUGUUUUGUUGAUGUCGAACACUGUAUCUUUUGAUGAAAGUGUACCCCAAGCUGAGGCAAAGCUCGACCUUGUAUAAUGGGUAAUAUGACGGAUGAGGACACCACAGUCAAACUACGGGGCACAGGCAGACACAGGCAGACACAAAGCGCUUAGUACAAUAAACCGGUACAGUCCUGAUAUAGAUAGAGCCUUCGUUAUUCUGAGCAUCCAGUGAAGCAGCCCCCAGUUCUCCAGAAAACCUGGAGCAGGAGCAAGAUGAGUGAGUCGUCGCAGUCGAACGAAU